AGAGGAUCUAAGGGAUUGGUGGGGAACAGGCAAGCCAGGCAUCACUGUGGAUGUUGAAGAAGAGAGUUACUCAGACCUCGGCAUCUUCACUUGCUCGCUCUGGAAUUACAGCUAUUUAUUACAAAGCACUCUGUGUGGCUGGGCGGAGUGCGCCUGAGGAAACACAUCCCAGACACCACCUGGGGUUCGUCUUCCUGAGUCCUUCACAUCUCUGACUAAUUCUCAUCAUUAUCAUGGAGCCAAACAGUCCCAAAAAGAUACAAUUUGCUGUGCCUUUAUUCCAGAGUCAGAUUGCACCCGAAGCAGCUGAGCAGGUGGUUCUUUAUUGUUCACAGAUCAGGAAAAGAAGACCUACACCAGCAUCACUUGUGAUUCUCAAUGAACAUAACCCUCCAGAAAUAGAUGACAAGAAGGUGACCAACACACAAGCAGAAUCACAGAAUGCAACCCCUAAGCAAAGGAAGCAGAGCGUGUACACACCACCCACCAUGAAAGGGGUUAAGCAUAUGAAAGGCCAGAAUGAAUCCGCAUUCCCGGAAGAGGAAGAAGGCGUGAACGGGAGUGUGCAGCAGUGGGACCAUUAAUUACGGGUCUGCAACAAGAAGGCUUCUUGGGAAUAACUGAACUAUCAACCUUUCUGAAUAGCCCAUGGAAUGCCACUGCUUGACUUCUCUGCUCACCACACUCAUACAAUAGUAACACACCUCCUGGGAAGUGCCCCUCAGUGGAACUUUAGAACUACCUACAGAUUGUUUCAUAUUACGAUACUUACAAUUAAAGAAUAAGUAUUUAUUUUACAGUGAUUUUUCUUUUUAACAACAUAGAAAAUGUGCAAACAUGUGAGUGUUCUAACUUUAAUACUGCCCAGCUUAAUCCCUGAUGUCCUACUGAUACAAUUUGCCUUCUAAGGUCAAAUGUAAAUAGCAUCACUUUAAAGGAAAAAAAAUAAAUAUUAAAUAUCUUUAGACAUGAGUACGUGUCUGGGUUUAACUCACAGAGGAAUUUAGUUAAACUUUUAAGUUAAGCUCUGCAUUUAUCACGUUUCUGUAUACUUAAUGGUACAUGGUAUUUAUUUCAAAAUGAUUAAGAAAUGCCAGAUUUUUUGAUUCAAAAUAUCAAAAGGUAUUCAUCUUUAGAUAUUAAACAUCUUUUUCUCUCCAACAACACAUUAAUGGUUAAAGGACCACAGAAGUCUCUCCAUUUUCUAAGCUGUGAGAGAUGUAUUUUUUAUCACUUCCACUAGUUAUUCAGAAAGAAAAAUUAUAACUCUAAAAUAAAACAUACCAAAUCUCCCCUUUUGCUUAUUUUUGGCUAUUACUUGAAAUAUGAGAUGUUUCCUAUUGCAUUUUAAUGAAUAAUUAGAUUUUAUAAAUCUAUUAUCAUAAGAAAUUUCAUUAAUUCAUGCUUUUAUUAAUUCAACAACUAUUGUUUAUGAGUUUAUCUCUAAAAAGGUACUUUGCCGGGUGUUAUGAAAAUAGAGGAAAGAUUAUUUCUCCACUGCAGAACUGGCAGAGAAACAUCAGUGCAAAGCAAGAUUUUUCAAGACAGUAUGUAUUUACUGAAUAUGACUUUGAUAAUUGAAAGUCCUGGCAUCCUGAACAAUAUUAAUUAUUUAUUGCAUUAUAAUGUAGAGUAUCUGUACACAUAAUUUGGUGGACUGUAGCCCUCCAGGCUCCUCUGUCCAUGGAAUUCUCCAGGCAAGAAUACUGGAGUGGGUUGCCAUGCCCUCCUCCUGGGAAUCUUCCCCACCCAGGGAUCGAAUUCCCAUCUCUUAAGUCUCAAUGGCAUUAACAGGUAAGUUCUUUACUGCUAGAGCCACCUGG